CUCUUCCUCUUUCUCUAUCCUUUUCAAUCUCUCUCUCUCUCUUUCUCUCUCUCUCUCUCUGUCGCCUCAGAAUGCCAAGCACUCUAGGAAGGAACUUAAAUCUCUGCUUCACAAAGAUCAAGCGGCCACUUUUGACUCUUCAAUCCCCUCCCGUCGACGAUCCCGGCUCUUUACCAACAACUACCUCCACUGCCACCGCCUCCUCCUCCACCUCGACUGCCAUGUCUUCCUCGAUUAUAAUAAAAAACUUCAACUCCCUCUACGACGGAGACAACGCCUCUUUUUUCGACUCCGCCGUUACCUCCUGCUCCAUCAAGUCCUCCGAUCUCUCCACCUCCGAAACCGAAAACGACACUGACACCGCCGCCGCCGCAGACUUCGCCACCGUCUUCGCUUCCCAGCGCUUCUUCUUCUCCUCACCCGGCCUCUCCAACUCCAUUGUCGACCAGUCAUCCUCCUCCUCCUCCUCCUCCUCCUCCGCCGCGUUGUCUUCCUCGGAUCUCCACGCGCCAUUCAAGCACAACAGCGUGGUAGUGCCCACUUAUUCGCCCGAUCCCUACCUCGACUUCCGGCGCUCCAUGCAAGAGAUGGUGGAGGCGCGUGAGCACCAAACGGAGGACGAGAUCGUGAAGGCUAAAUCUAACUGGGAGUUCCUGCAUGAGCUGCUCUUGUGUUAUCUGGCUCUCAACCCUAAGAGCACUCACAAGUUCAUCAUCGGCGCAUUUUCGGAUCUCCUCGUCAGUCUUCUCCCCUCACCCAAAGAUCCCGACUUCACCGCCGGCGUCUGCGAGAUUUCCCGGUGCAGUUAAAUCAAUGUUAUUAUUGAGCAGCAAAAUGUAACUAUGGAAUCAACUUUAUUCUUGUUAUCAAUUGCAUCAGCAGCUUGUGACC